UCUCUGUCUGUUGGAUCUUCUCUGAUCUCUUCAGACUCUGUGAGGCUGCUGAAUGGGACCAGUCUGUGUUCAGGCAGACUGGAGGUCAACUACAACCAGUCUAACCAGUCCAAGCAGAGCUGGACCUCCGUGUGUGAAGCUGAUUUUGACCAGCAGGAUGCAGAGGUGGUCUGUAGGGAGCUUGGCUGCGGGCCUCCCUCAGCCCUCCAGGGGGCGCUCUAUGGAGAUGUGGGGGCUCCAGUGUGGAGCAAAGAGUUCCAGUGUGAAGGCCAUGAGUCUGCUCUCCUGGACUGUAGGAGCUCAAACUCUACUAGAAGCAGCUGCUCACCAGGAAAAGCUGUUGGACUCACCUGCUCAGAGCCUAUCAGGUUAGUGGGAGGAGCCAGUCGCUGUGCAGGUACACUGGAGUUGAAAAUAGGAGAGUGGAGACCAGUGGAUGGACCUAACUGGGCCCUGAAGGAAGCAGCUGUUGCCUGUAAACAUCUGGACUGUGGCUCUGCUCUUGCUAUAGAAGAUAGGCAGUCCUCAGACAGAGCUGUGUGGAGGAUACCAUUGAACCUUGUUUGGAGUGGAUCCCCUCUGAGGGAGUUUGCAAGAUCCGCUAUCUCUUCCACCGUUUUGUAUCUCACAUGCUCAGGUAACCACGACACUUCAUCAUUUGUUACAUAA